GAGAUGAUGCAUCAAAUCCUGUGUGGUGUAGACUUCCUCCACACACAUCGAGUCAUUCACAGAGACUUGAAGCCUCAAAAUCUCCUAGUGACAAGUACAGGAAACAUCAAGUUGGCAGACUUUGGCCUUGCAAAAACAUAUGACUUUGAAAUGAGGCUGACAUCAGUUGUCGUCACUUUGUGGUAUCGUUCACCGGAAGUCCUCCUUGGGCUGUCUUAUGCGACACCUGUAGACAUUUGGUCAUGCGGCUGCAUAAUGGCUGAACUGUUCCGGUUGUCUCCACUGUUCAAUGGCAGUUCCGAAGGGGACCAGCUGGAUAGGAUAUUCAG